CCUCGAUCAAGUGCUUGACUGGAGGACAUGUUCAUGCUACAAUCAGGCUGUCUUCGCCGCGUGGGCUAGGAGGAAGGCUCGGCUUGCCUCCUCCCCUCGGGGAACUCUCCCACCAAUAACUUUAUUGCUUGUCACUUGUCCACAUGGCUUCCUCGACACUCACCAAGCCCCAGAUCGUAGCCCAGGCGGCGACGACCCAGUCUCGUGUUCUUCCAGGCAGGGCAUGUGAAGCAUGCAAUCGUAAGAAAACCAAAUGCGAUAUGCGACGACCGUCCUGUGGUCUUUGCCUACGGACAGGCACUUCUUGCCGAUUCCCAAGCACGCGGAAAAAGCCUCUACGCACGAAUGCCCAUCCGAUGAAGAGUCAGGCAUGCAGACCUAGCAACACUUUGUCAAAUUUGCUUGAGCUCAUCGAUUCGGAACCAUGUGUCAGUGAGGCUAUUGAUAAUCUGCUGAGACAAGAAAUCCCCCGGACCCCGUUGCGUGAUCCUUUGGAAGAAACAUCAUUGCAAGACGACCAGCAGAGCCAGCAUCAUCGAAAGUCCAGCUGUAGCUCUUCAAUUGAGCAGGUGACGAACCGAUCUCAGCUUGAACAAUCUAGUGAGCCUGCGUUUGAGGACGAAACUUGUUCUGACACGGCUUCUAUCCACUCGCUCUCGAAUCGAGUCAAAUCACAAACGGCCCAUCAACCUUCAUCAGAGAAUUCUCGAUCGAUACAGCCUCCAGUCUCGGCAUCAUUGGCUUUGGAUCUGAUUCGUCUCUUCUUUGUCAAGAUUCAGCCAUGGCUCCCACUAUUCCACCGACCGCGGUUUGAGACGCGGUAUCAAAAUCUGUUCUCACAGUCAUCGCUCCAACUGAGUACUCUCAAAACUGAUGAGCGUUUUCUGCUAUACAGCUUGUUCUCACUUUCUGCACGUUACUCCGUGCACCCAGACCUACAAAGUAUCAAUGGGAGCAGGCGAGGAGACGAAUUUGCAGAGUAUGCGAAGCAAUUGUACCAAGGUCUGCGAGAGGAGCCAGAGCCUUCUUUCACCUGGGCUCAGGGCUGCGUUUUGCUGGCUUUCCACAUAUACACAUCUGGCCCAACACAUCAAGGGUGGAUGCUUAUUGGUGUAUGUUCACGCUUGGUUUAUGAAUUUGGCUUGUCAAACCUAGAUUCGGCAGAUUGGGAACCCAUCAACUCGGUCGAACACAUCGACAAAGAGGAACUUCGUCGUGUCUGGUGGUCAGUAUACGAGCUUGACAUGUUCGCGUCCAGCAUAUCGCUGCAGCCUUACUCGAUAGAUCGCAAACAGAUGGCCGUCAAUUUGCCAAUUACCGAUGAUAUCUGGUUCACCAGUGCUGCUGCAGUUUCAUCACCACUUGUUGAAGACGCCGGCCAAUCAUGGGAAUCUCUGCGAAACAGCAAUAAUCAAGACGCAAGAGCUUGGUUCCUUGCUUCCAAUAGCUUUAUGGCACGUCUUGUUGAUAAUCUGCAACAAAAAGAACCGAUGUCAUCUGAGGAGGUACUCCUUUUGAGCAACGAGCUAUUUUCUUUCAAGAUGUCCCUGCCGAAACUGUUGCGGUUAGAACACGAGCAGCCAUUGCAAUGCUUAUCAAAUUCAACAGCCAAUUGGAUCAUUGGCAUACAUCUGAUGCUACUUACAUGUUCAUACAUGAUGAACAGCGUCACUCCGGUUGCCAGCGAGGCCGGACCUAAGUUUUCUCGACUUCGCACGCCUCCACAGCCAGUGUAUGAACGAGCGAUUGAGCUAUCUCAUCUUCUCAGACUUUGGGAGCCAGAAUUGAUCGCUACCUCGCACCCAUUCUUUGCCUGUAUGCUUGUGCGUGCUUGCUUCAACCAACAGGACAGCUGUCACAAUAGUCCAAUUGUGCGGUCUUGUUCAGACCUGGUGAAACUCAUCCUUGCGUUGUAUGCCAAAAAGUGGAGGCUUGGCUCAAUCCUUCUCAAAUUUGCAGAGGGCGUUGAGCAAGGAAUUUCACUCUCUGAGAAAGACAGACACACCAUCAAGCAAUUCUCUAUAUUUUCCUCAAGGCAAUCGCCAGUCGACAGUCCCCACUCAAUUGCUUCUAAGACAAUGCAGACAGAAGUCUCCAAUGUCCUGGUCGAUACGAAUCGCUUCGAGACGGUCGAUAGUCAGCUUACCCAUCUCCCACUGCCCAAUAUCUGGGAUACGAUGCAGACGCAGAUGCAGAUGAUGAGCCCCGCCCAGAUCUCGAUGUAUCCCGAACUAUCGAUUCAAGUCCCCGAUAAUGGCCACAUGACGAACGAUCUCGAAUAUUCGCCGUUCUUCAUAGGAUGUUCAACGCCUAUUGAUACAUCUCUUCGCAAUCAACUGAUAGAAGCAAGCUGUCUACCAGUAACGGAUUCGACUUUUAGUACAUGACUCAUUACCACGAUGGAGAAGGUAUAGGAGCGGAUGUCAAGUGUAUCUUAGUACUAUUAAGUAGGCGUUAUGUAAUAUAUAAAAGGAGCAGUAGAUAUAUUCAAUUUGUAACUUAGCGGCACUAAAGUAUAGCAGGAUGGGUAAGGCUGUUCAGAGAUUGCAUGUAAAAGAAAGGAGAUGAGGAGUGGUGAACACUUGCCCUGAGAUUUUUGAGGUAUAACUAUUAGUCACAUGGCAUAAGAAGGAGUGUAGGCUGGAACCAUGUAGAUAAGUAU